CGUGGCGGAAGUUCCUGUCCUCUCUAGCAGUUUUCUCUUUUGCACCCGCGCGGUUCCGUCACUGUUUAGCGCCUGCAUUCCAGUGUGGCGGACGUCACCUGCAGCCACGUCUUCCCAAGUGGUCAUACAGACUGAGACUCGGACCGGAAGUCCCGCCAGUCACGUGACCUGCUGCCCGACACGUGCGAGAGCCAGUCUGAACUGAAAGGCUAUGGCGGCGGCGUUUCUUAGAAAAGCGGCCAUUGCCGUGAAGGACACGUGUCCCGGGCUGUCCCGGCACCUUAUGUCACUGUACCCCUUGCCCGCAAGGAGCAAAAGCAAUGAAGAAGAAACGUGUCCAUUUUGUUUUCAGAUCCGGCUGCCCGGUAAUCACAAGGUUCGCCUGAAGCCAAAAAUGAGAAUAACCCCUCAGAUUGACAAUCUGCUCAAAAAAGAGGGCAGGUGCCACAGGCUUAAUCUGAAGCAAACCAGGCUGCUUAGGAAAUACAGAUCCAGCAGGAGUUACCUGGUGGUCACGUGCAACACCUGCAACAUGGUGUCCAAAUAUCCGGGCGAGAGCAGGGUGGUCACCGCAAACCGCCCCGGCACGCCCAAGGCCAAGAGCGAUUCAGUGUCCCCUCAUUUAAGAAAGGCUGGGCUGAAUCAAAAAGUCAACCUGUCCUACAGCGAAGAGAAGCGGCGCCCUAAAAACCGGACCCCCAGGUUGUGCGCCUCCGCCUCGGCUUCACCCGUCACCGCUGCAAGGUCCUCCAAGAAGGGCAAAUUCCAUUUUUCAAGGUUAAAAAUGAUGCUGAGUCAAGAGGAAAAGGAACCAAAUAUAAAGCAAAAUUUGCUGAAUUUCCUCACCUCUCUUUCCUGAUGCUGCGGAUCGAAAAAUAGCAAUACCGCCAAGACCCGAUCGCUCGCUCCGCUAUUCCGCGAAUAGGGAUGUUUCCGCGUUUGAUGGAUUGUUAAAUAUCGCAUUGACUGUCAUACGCACGAUAGAAGAUAUAGGAUUUGACUAAAAAUGACAUAAUUGAUAUACAUUUUUUCAAAAAAGGUUUACUCAAAGGUAUAAACGGUAUAAAUACGUUUCUAAUUACUUAAAGGGGUUCUCCUGUGAAAAAUAUUCUGCAGUUUGCAAACCGGCCCCUGGAUCUGAAGACUUUUGCAAUUGUCUGUAAUUAAAAAUGUAUUCUAGCUACUGAGUAGGGUUGAGCGAGCCCGG